AUGAUUCCGUCGGAUAUCUACGGCGCUACUAUCGAGACGACCAUGGCUGAUGUGGAGCUGUUGGCCGCACUGUCAGGAAUGUCGUUUUCAAGCUCACCAGGUGUGAUAGCGCGGACGAAAUGUGGGGAGAUGCUGACCAAGUCUCAGCACAUGGUUCUUGGGGCGGUGGUGUACUACCGUUCAGGAAGGGAGAAUAUCGCGCCCAAAAUCACCAUGAAGCACUGUCUGCUGGAGAUGCAAAACCACCUCAAGGCCGUCCGCUCAUUUUCAUCAACUUCAACAGAUGAUAGUAAACAACAUAAAAUCACAACCCUCUUCACCCACCCCUGGAAACACAACCUCUCCUCUGGCCCACCCCCCGCCCUCUCCUUGCAAGCAGAACUGAAAACUUACCCCCCUGUCGUUUCUGGUUCUCAAUCAAGACAUGAAGUGUUGACAUCGGGGCAUUGGAGUCUGAAGCCUGGGGCAAAAGUGGUGAAAUCCACCAGGAUCGUCGGGCCUAUCGGGUGUUUUCUCAACCCGACUCAGACUAGGACUUGGCUGCGUGGAAGUCUGGGGCGGGAGAUCGAGAUUCAAACCCGGAGUGUCUGUCUUGACUUUGCAGUACUAAAUAAGAAUUGCACGGCCGUAUUGUGUAAAUGCCCCGGUAGACCUGCCACCAUUGCCAGAGCUGUGAAGACAACAGGAUCGUUUGAGGUGUUGAUGGCGGUUGCGGCGGUGAAUAACGAUUUUUUUGGGGAGGGUGGGGAAAGGGGUGUUGGGUACUACGGCGAGGGAGCUAGCAGGCUGGGUUUUGUAAAGGGGAUCAGAAUGACGGGGGGUUGA